AUGGCACAGACUGAAGCUCAGAUUCUUGAGGAGAUUUCAAGACUCUCAGGUGCUAUCAAUCGACAUAAAUCGCAAGCUCAACCCCGGGGCGGCUACCGUGGUGGACGGCCUUACGUCCCCCACUCGCAGCGCAGCACCAAGCCUUACACUAACGCACAGGAAGUCGUACUCAACGGACAGGUCUUCCAGAGCGGCCGCGGCGGAAAAUCUCUAGUUCGCAAAGGCGCACCGACAAUUUCAAGGACGACUUCGGCUCCAGCUCCAGCUCCAACCCCAACUCCUCAAGCAUCAGCAUCGACUCUGGCUCCGGCAUCCGGAUCAACAACAACGCCUCAAUAUGUUCAUGCCGGAAAGCACACACUUAUCGCUGCCAAUCGAGUUAACAAGAAACCACGACCGCCUCCACCAGCCGUCUUGGCCGCCAAACGUGCACGGCUAGCCAAACUUUCCAAGGUCCUGAACAAUGUCCAAGCUCAUCGGCAUAUGCCAAAACGGGAACACAUGCCCGUACCAACACGAUCCUCAAAAGACCGCCAUCUGUCCACGCUUCCCACGACCCCACGCCCGAACGCAUGCCCCUCUGCGUCCAUUUCCAAAACGCGGGGCGAUGUCGACUGGGCUCGUCGUGUCCCUACCCGCAUGUGUUUCUGGGGGACAAGCGCAAAGAAGGGGUGUGCCGGGACUUUGCGGUGCUUGGGUACUGUGCGCGCGGAGUGGAGUGUGAGCGGAACCAUGGGUGUGUGUGCGACCAAGGGGUGCAAAUUGCCCCAUGUGAUACGUGCGAGUCGGGGGAAGAUGGAGGCUGCUGCUGCGAGUGCGAGUGCUGCUGCCCAGGCUACUGCUGCCGGAGUUGCUCUAGCCGAGGAGAGCAUGCCUGGUGCAGGGCAGCAAAAGGAAGGUCAACAAAAGUUGGGAGACGAGUUUGUGUCGUUGAUGUUUGAGGAAAGUGAGGAUGAGGAGCAAGAUGGUGAAGAAGAAGAGGAAGGAGAUGAUCAAGAAGAUGAAGAUGAGGAAAACGAAGAUCUUGAUGUUAUUCUCUCUGAUCAUGAAGAUGUUGAUGAUAGUGACAAUGAAAUAAUUUCUGGUUUGGACUUGGAUCGAUCGACGAUGGGGUAUAAAGACAAACGAACCAAACUGCCACAGUCGCUCUUGGAGGAGAUUAAUUCCAAGGGUAACCGAGCUCGCAUCGAGACAUGUGAGGCGUGCUGGAGGCAAGGGGAAAGGACAGGACAGGAGGUCAGCGAGGAAAGAAAAGAGAGAGGCCGUAAAAAGGGGAAGAACGACUACUUUUCGAGAGUAAAAGAAAGAGACAAUUUCCAUGAGAAGAGAGCUGGUGAAUCGGUGGACACGAGACCUGCAAAGAAACCAAGGAUCGAAGCAGCGGCUGGGCCUCUUACCCCUGCUCCGGUCUCUAAACCAAAACUUGCCUCUGUUCCCCAGAUUUCCAAAUCCAUUCCUGCGGACUUGGAGUUGAAGCCUGCUCGGGCUGGUUUGGAGUCGGGACAUAUCGCUACGAAAGUUGUCAAUCCACGCCUCUCUCCCGCCUCCUCGCCAUCCACCUCGACAUCCAAGAAACGAACAAAGGACAUUGAAGAUGAUGAAAUCGCAUGGCUCGAAGCUAAGCUUGGAGUCUCCAAGAAAAAGGGAAAGCAAAAGGGUUAUGGAGGGGCGUUUAGUGCGGAUGGCCUGGAUGACAUCUUGGGUGAUUUGGAUAGGAUUGAGAUGGAUAUGGAUAUGAGCGGUUUGGGGGGUGAUGAUGACGACCUGGAUGCCGAGUUGGAGGAAAAAGGAGAUGACGGUGAUCAGAGUGAUGGGAGCGAAGGGGACGAAGGGGAUGAAGGACUGGACGAGGAGGCAGGAGACCAAGACUCUCAGUUGGACGAGAGCGAUUCUGAAAGUGAUGAGAAUCAAGGCGAGUCAGACGAGGAGGUGCCAACUCUGUUGGACCCCCAAGUAGAGAAGGAACAGGCUACUUCGCCUACUGCGACUCAGUCAAAAGGCGCAUAUGUCCCCCCUCAUCUCCGCCAAAAAGCCGAUCUGAACAGCGCGCAAACUCCAGAGCAGGUCAAGUUGGCUCAUGUGACUCAGGCAUUGACGAGUAUCAUUCUUGAUUCUGUCUCGUCUUCUGCUAAUUUGUUGGACACAUUCGUUAUCCUUCACGCGGCAUUUGUAGCUGCUAUCCAUAAGAUUAUUGGUAUUGAAUUCGCCGCCUUUUUUAUCGAAAAUACUGUAUCAUCAUACGAAACCCACUGGAACAGCCUUCGCUCCAGCUCAUCCCAGAACCCGGAAGAACCAGCUAUCGGGAGCAAAGAAUCAUCCAACCUCCUGGUCCUACUCUCCGAAUUGUACAACUUCCAAGUAAUCUCUUGCGUUUUGAUAUACGACCUUAUUCGCGCAUUGCUCGACUCGGAAUUUUCGGAAUUCGAUGUCGAGUUGUUGCUCAAGGUCGUUAAGAAUUCCGGCCAGCAGAUGAGACAGGAUGAUCCUCUCGCGCUCAAGGACAUUAUACAAUUGGUUCAAGACAAGAUGAAAGGGAAGAGGGACAACGAGCUCAGUUCGAGGUUCCGAUUCAUGGUCGAAACGCUUGUCAAUCUCAAAAAUAACAAGGUGAAACGUGCGACAGGGACCGGGCAGAAUGUAGGUGCGGAGGCGAUAGAGAGAAUGAAAAAGUACCUUGGUGGGAUAAACAAAAAGCGACACGUCAUGUCGCACGAGCCACUUCGGGUUUCGCUAGAAGAUCUUCACACGUCUUCCAAGCGCGGUAAAUGGUGGCUGGUUGGCUCGGCGUGGGGCGGUGAUCCAUUGGUAGAAAAGAAAGCCACCAAGACAGCCCAAUCUAGUAAAACCGAGGAUAAGGGCACGAGUACUGCCCAGGCUACUGAACAGCUAAUGCAACUGGCUCGUCAGCACGGGAUGAACACUGAAGUUCGGAGGAAUAUUUUUGUUGUGCUCGUGAGCAGUGAUGAUUAUGUGGAUGCAUGCGAACGGUUAACUCAGCUCGAUCUCCAAGAAACACAACAAAGAGAAAUUAUACGUGUAGUGCUACACUGCUGUGGUAACGAACGAGCAUAUAACCCAUUCUAUACUCUUGUCACCCACCACCUAUGUCAAAAAUCUCAUUCACACAGAAUCACACUUCAGUACUGUCUUUGGGAUUUUUUGCGUUCGCUCGGAGAGACGCAAGUCGGCGGUGAAGCCAUUUCGCGUGACGAGGUGGCCAGUGGCGACGAAGUAUCGAACUCUAUGAUAUCCAAUCAUGCCAAGGCGUAUGCAUGGUGGUUAGCACGCGGAUCGGUAGCUUUAACCAUCUUCAAGCCGGUCGAGUUCCUCGUGCUCCGACCACGCACGAAGCAGUUCUUCAGGUCAUUGUUUGCACAAAUGGUUAUUAGCUCUCAGUCAAACUCUCCCCUGGUCGAUGUUCGGUCUCCCGAAUCUUCCAUCCCGCAAGCUCGGAAUCGAGAAGCAAUCCAAGAAAUUAUUGCCAAAGCCAAGAGACUACCCGCUUUGUGUAAAGGCAUCGGAUACUUUAUAAAAUCUAUGUUAUCCGAUGAACAAGAUCUCAAGACAAAAACCAAACGGGCGCACGAACUAGUGAUUUGGGGUCUGAGCGUUGUACAGGAUGCGUUACAAGAGGAUUCACUUUCAGAUGAUGAUGAUUUGUAG